UCCAGAAAGAUGGCGGCCUCCGUUGAAGAACCACAUGUUACUGUGGAGGCUCAAACUGAUGAAGACGAUGGAAGUUCUCACGCGGACAGUGACGUAGCUGAAGCAACGGGUGAUGAAGAAAGCGAAGGAGAGCAGGAGGACAGCGGAGUGAGUGAUGGAGAAGAAGCAGGGGAUGCAGAGGAUGAAGAGGAGCAGAAUGAAGAAGAAGAGGAAGAAGAGGCGGCCAGUUCCAACGCCGGUUGGGCAGACGCCAUGGCCAAAAUUCUGCAGAAAAAAACUCCCGACAGUAAACCCAGCAUCCUGCUGAAAAACAAAGAGCUGGACAAAAUAAGAGAGAAAGAAAGAAAAGAGCAAAUGGAGAAGCAGAAACAGCUGGAUAAAAAGCGGGCUUGGGAGAUGAUGUGUAGAGUAAAACCAGAUGUGGCAAGAGACAGAGAGUAUGAGAGGAAUUUACAGAGAAUAGCUACCAGAGGGGUGGUACAGCUCUUUAACGCCGUGAAGAAACACCAGAAGAACGUGGGUGACAUGGUGAAGGAGGCAGGAGGUUCGGAGAGAAAAAAGGCCAAGAUCCUCUCCUCCAUUUCCAAGAAAGACUUUAUCAGCGUUCUGCGCGGAACGGAGAGCGGAGGAGAGGCUGUCGCUAAGGUCGACAAGCCGAAGACCCUGAAACAAGAAGACGAGAAGCCUGCCUGGAGUGUCCUGAGGGAUGACUUUAUGAUGGGCGCGUCUAUGAAAGACUGGGACAAAGAGAGCGACGGAGAGCAGUGAGGAAGGCAAA